AGCGUGUUCCAAGGGUCUGCAGCGCCCGGAAGCCACGUGGCGGCGCAAGCGGCCGAAGCCAACGUCCACAUCUGGGCAGGGGAAGGUUCAUUCCAUUCGACAUCCGCACUUCGCCCGGAUUUCGAACUUAAGGUACGGCAGGACGUUGCUGUUCCGUGUCGGGCCGAUGUCCACUUCGGAAAAGCCGGCCAGCGGCACACGGGCGCUACGGGGUGCGUCGGUGCUGAUCGUGCUGCAGGUGGUCUCGCGAGCCAUCACGUUUGUGGCCAACCAGCUGCUGCUGCGCUUCCUGACGGCCCAGCUUCUCGGUGUGUCGACCCAGCUGGAAGUAUACUACCUGUCCGUCAUUUUCUUUGCACGCGAGAGUCUGCGAGUCGCCAUCCAGAGACAGGACUCUUCCAGCCUCUCAGAGGGUAAAAGCGACGGCGACAAGACCGAUGGAACCCAAAACAAAUCGGCCCAGGCCGUCGUCAACCUGGGAUACAUCUCGCUGGCGUUGGGUAUCCCGCUUGCGCUCUUCUUUGGCUGGCUCUACCGCAAUUCUCUCAGCGCAGCGACCCUGGCAUCCGCUCCUAACCUCAUCCUCUCCCUGUACAUCUACGGGUUGGCUGCGGUGCUCGAGCUCGCCUCGGAACCGGCCUUCGUGGUGAUGCAAACCCGGCUGCAGUUCGGCACCCGCGCCACCGCCGAAUCCAUCGCCACCUUCCUCCGCUGCGCCGUCACUCUAGGCUCCGCCGUCUGGGGCGCCAACCGCGACCUGGGCGUCCUGCCGUUCGCCCUCGGCCAGCUGAGCUACGGAAUCGGCCUCCUGGCCGUCUACGGCUGGCACGGCGCAGGCCUCGCAAGGGCGGAAGGUUUCUCCCUCCUCCCUUGCCGCCUUACCACCUCCGACCCUCCACCAACCACCAAGAAAACCGAGGCGGCUCAAAAAGGGACCCCGUCAUUCAUCCUGGCUUACUUCUACCGCCCGACGCUGCAGCUCGCGUCCAGCAUGAUGGCCCAGAGCGUAGUCAAGCACCUGCUCACGCAAGGCGACACCUUCCUGGUAAGCAUCCUGUCCACGCCGACGGCCCAGGGCGUCUACGCGCUGGCCAACAACUACGGCGGCCUGCUCGCGCGACUGGUGUUCCAGCCCAUCGAGGAGAGCAGCCGGAGCUACUUCAGCCGAGUUUUAGCUCCUUCGUCUUCUUCUUCUUCCACUACCCCUACCAACGAAAAGGAACGGGAACGUGUCAAAGAAGCCUCAGCAGCUUUGACGUCCCUCCUUAAAUUUUACAUGCUCCUCUCGCUGGCAAUCACAGCCCUCGGUCCACCGGCUUCCGCACCGCUCCUGUCUCUCAUCGCCGGUCCGCGCUGGGCUGGUUCAGGCGCCGCCACCUGCCUGGCCGCAUACAUGUGGUACAUCCCGCUGUUGGCGAUCAACGGGGUAGCCGAGGCCUUUGUGGCGUCGGUGGCCACGGAGGGGGAGGUGCAUGCGCAGAGCGUGUGGAUGGCCGCCUUCUCGGUGGUGUUUGCUACGGCCGGGUAUGUCUUUCUACGUGUGCUGGAGUGGGGUGCGGUUGGGCUGGUGGUGGCGAACGGGAUUAACAUGGCGUGUCGCAUCGUCUGGUGCUGGGUGUUUAUCAGGGGCUAUUUUCGGCGGAUGGGGGAAGGGGAUGAGUUUGAAGUGCUGCGCGUUAUGCCGACUCCCACGGCGAUGCUGGCGGGGGCGGUUGCGUCGCAGCUUGCGAGGGGGCUUGUUGGGCUCGGGGAGGGUGUGGCGGCUGGUGGUGCCGGAGAGGCAGUGGUGGCGCUGGCCAAGAUUGCAGGCGUGGCACUGCCCUUUGCGAUGGUUGUAGCCGCGUCCGAAAGGAGCUUUCUAUACAGUGCGAUCCAGGGUAUCAGAGGCCGGCAGCAAGCAAGCGCCUAG